AUGGAGAGUAGAGCUUUGGCUUUGAGGGCAAUGAUCGAGAAGCAUCGUCCCAAGACGGAGAAUUUGGACCCUCGAAAGUGGAUGAGAAAGGAGACUGUGAUGGGAUUUACAGACUUCAUAUUCAACAAAAACUCUGACAAAGAGACAGACGACAGCUUUGACAACAAAGAGAUGUUGCUUAAUGCAGAGAAGGAGUUUAUGGAGGCAGCUAAAAGAAAUGAUGUGGAGACCAUGAAGACUCUUGUGCGAGGGCUGAAUGCCAAUGCAAAGAAUGUGGAUAACAGGACUGCCCUUCACUACGCAGUAGCUGGAAAAAACAUUGAAGCUGUGAAGCUUCUUUUGCAGCGGAGAGUCAAGGUGGACCAAAAGGACAGGUACGGUGUCGCACCCAUUCAUUUGGCUGCCUGGUUUGGCAGUUUGGAGAUCAUGAAAUUGUUGGUGCAAGCUGGGGCUGAACAGAAGGUUGAGAAUGAGGAAGGACUGAACAUCUUGCAUUGUGCUGCAAUCAACAACCACACUGAAAUUGUAGAGUAUAUAGUUAAUGACCUGCAGAUGAGAGAACUAGACAAAGAUGACCAGUCAGGACACCGACCAUUUGCACUGGCGGCAGAGCAUGGCUGUGUUGAAAUGUUGGACACGCUGAUCGAACCAUACAACAUGGCCACUAUGAAGCCCAACAUGAGCGGGGACACGCCCCUGCACUUAGCUGCCAGGAACGGUCACUUGGACACCGUCCAAUUGCUGCUGCAGAGCUUUGAUACUCGGGAUGAAGUCAAUAUGGACGGAGAGACAGCUCUGUACCAGGCUGCAGACAACGGCCAGGAAGAAUGUGUUCUGGCCCUGCUGGAGGCUAGCUGUGACCCCAACAUCCUUACAACGGCCCAAUGCAGCGCUCUCCAUCCAGUGUCAGAAAAAGGAGACACCUCUCUUGUGCAGCUCCUCUUAUAUUACAAAGCCUGCACAGACUUCCAGAACGAGAACCUAGAGGCUCCCAUCCACCUGGCUGUAAAGAACAGCCACAUCCCUGUCAUCCAUGCCUUACUGAAAGCUGGCUGCAACGUUAAUGUCACAGAUAAGAGGUCCCAGACUGUGAUGCAUCUAGCUGCAGAGCUGGCCAGAAUAGAAGUCGUGGAAAUGCUUCUUAAAGCUGGGCUGGAUCUGACGCUCAGGGAUCGGCAGGGUAAGACGGCUCUGGGUGUGGCAGUCAGAGCAGACGAGGUGAUUAUUGUGGACAUGAUCAUAAAAGCAGAGAGAUACUACGCCUGGAGGCAGGCCAACCCAGAGCUUAAUGAGAGCGUUCACAGCGAGUAUCCGCUCACGUUUAAACUCGACCACCGCUAUGAGACCCGGCAGCUCCGUUCGAUGGCCUGGCGCCUGGCGUACGAGCUCCUUAAACCAGGAGACUGGAAAAGACUGGCAGAACACUGGGGCUUCACGAAGGAGCAAGUGUCGGCCAUCGAGGAGCAGUGGACAGGUCAGCACAGCUAUCAGGAGCAUGGGAACAGGAUGCUGCUGAUCUGGUUCCAUGGGGAGGAGCUGGCUCAAAAGAGUCCGUCUAAAGAACUAUUCCAGGGACUCAUCCUCACAGGGAACAGGAAAGCUGCAGAUAAGAUUCGGAUGGAGGCAGAGAGUUCCAGCAGUAAGACCUGCAGCAUUUCAUGAGGAUGAACACCGCAACAUAUGAAC